AUGAAAGGGGAGUAUUUCAGCGUGGAUGGCAUGAAUUUUGACUUUCUGGCGUUUAACAUCAUUGGCUUUGUUUACUACGCGUUGUUUAACAUUGCCUUUUACUUCAUACCGGAAAUACAGCGGCAGUAUUAUGCCAUUUUUCCACACGGCAUUAACCCUGUACGUUUGAACGAUGUCGUCUUUGCAGUGCACGCAAUGGCUGUUUCUUUCAUUACACUAUUUCAAUGCUUUAUUUACAAGCGCGGGAAACAACGUAUUUCGCUGACAGGUUACAUCCUUGUCGGUGUGAGUUUCGCCAUCGCCCUGAUUACGUCAGUCCUCUGCUUUACGUCGUUGAUCUCGUGGCUACUGUUUGUCUUAUGUCUUUCUUAUCAGAAACUUAUCCUGACCAUCAUUAAAUACGUACCUCAGUUGUACCAAAACUAUAAAAGAAGAAGUACCGUUGGAUGGAGUAUCGAACAGAUCAUUCUGGAUUUCGUUGGUGGCGUUGCCAGCAUUCUCCAAAUGAUUGUUCUGGCGUACAAUCACGAUGACUGGGUCCACAUUUUUGGGGACUUCACUAAGUUUGGUCUGGGCUUGAUUUCGCUGCUGUUUGACAUUGGAUUUAUAUAUCAGCACUACGUACUGUACCGCCCGUUGCGCAGUGAUAAUCCGGACCCUUCAAUAAUGCUACCAAAACUGUGA